UUUGGAUCUGGGUCGUAUGGAAAAGCAUUGAUCAUCAAGCAAACGCUCCAGGUUUUAGAGAGCCGGAGACUUAUAGAACAAACAACAGUCUACUGUACAGCCAAACAACAACGGAAGAAACCUCCCCCGUCUGGGACUCCCCUUCAACACUCCCUCCCACCUCACAUACCCGUCCAACGUUCCAUCCAUCAUGGGCCUCAUCGCCGGUCUCGUCUCGACGAUAGUUCACGUCGCCGCCGGCCGCAACCCCUACGGCCACAACCACAACCAGACCGGCGCCGCCAUGACUCACCAUGAGAACAACACCACCACGGGCUGCAGCGCCGGGCCCAACGACCAGCCGUGCGGAAUCUGCGCCGUCGCGCUUCCCUUCUUGAAAGGCCGGCAGAUGAAGCUCGAGAGGAAGGCCAUGAGGCACGAGCGUAGGGCUGUUCGGCACGCCAUCAAGGCGCAGCGGUUCGCCGGGGGCCGGGGGACGGGUUACGCUGCUGCGUAUGUGGUUGCUGGGCCAUACCAGAAUCAGCAGCAGCAGCAGCAGCAACACCAGGGAAUUUCAAGCAGCGGGGUGGUGGGGGAGAGGCAGGAGGAGGGCGUCGAGGAUUUGCACGGGCACCGGAGGGCUUCGACGGGCGGGGACUUGCCGCCUCCUGCUUACAAGGAGGGGGAGUCUGCGGCGGCGGGUGCCAGGCGAAGUGUUGAGGGUUUGGCAGGGGAUGAAAAGCAUGCCGACAAAGCCUGAGGCGGAGCGAACUGCUAUGAGACAUGAUCCGGUUCUCUU